AUGUAUGGAGUCGGGUCCCUUACAAAGUCCAUGGUAUCAGCUGGGAUUGGAAAGUUGGUUGAGGAUGGCAGACUCCAAUGGAACACUCCUGUGCAACAGCUUCUACCAAGUUUCUCCCACCAGGACCCCCAGUUUGCCAAAGAAGUCACCAUAGCAGACUUUCUCUCUCAUCGCUCUGGCCUCUCUGGUGGAGUCGCACUUAAUCUUGCAUUUCAGGGCGAUGGUGAGAUGCUACUACCUGCUGAUUCCCUGUUAGAAAUAUUCCAUCAUAUUCCUCGGGUGGCUGCGAUUGGAGAAGCCUGGAUGUACUUUGUCUGGGGAUACUCGAUUGCUGGACUUGUCAUUGAAGAAGUGACCCGAUCGCCGCUUCAUCAAUAUCUGCAGGAAGAAGUCUUUCAGCCCGUCAGUAUGAAUCGCACUACUCUUUGGCCAUCUUUCCAAGACCCCAAUUUCUCCAAGGCAUACGCAUCGCUGAGUGACGGUGAUGCCCAUGAGUUGCAACAGAGACAACCGUUUGCAGAGACAUUCUUCGAAGCAUCGGGUGGCGCUUACUCCACCGUGAACGAUCUCUUGCGGUGGUCAAAAGUAACAUUAGAUGCAUGCCAAGAUACUGAUACACCCACUCGGUCGAUCUUGAAACAAAUUCCCGAAAUACUCAAACCUCAGGCUACAAUCGACAGCAAGUUGCUACCGGGACAGUCUUACGGCUUUGGUUGGCUGCAAGCUCAUCUCCCGGGCGUGGUGGGUCUGAUGGGCGAUAACUCAGAUCUCUGGGAAAUCUCCGAUCUCCCCAUAUUGGGCGAUGGGAGUCAGCGUCGUGCAAUCAUAUACCACCAAGGCGCAACAGUGGGCUAUUACUCUUUCCUUGCGUUAUUCCCAGAAACGCAGUCGGCAGUUGUCGUUCUUACAAAUGCCAUUGCUAUGAGUGAUGUCGCCGAUUGGGCUGGCCGUGUCCUCAUCGAAGCGUUAUUCGAUUUCCCAAAGCGGACAAAUUAUGUCGCAUUAUCUGAGGAAGGGAAGCGCCGCAGACUUCAGCAGUUCGAAGAUAUGCAAGCCUCUUUGGCGAAAGAACAUGCGCCUGACACAAGGCCGUUGCCGCUUGAUGCAUAUGUGGGUAAGUAUGCGAACUUGACUUAUGAGUCCGACUUGGAAGUUUCUUUGGAUCCCGAUGAUAAAGACUCUCUUGUUGUUUCGUUCCAAUAUUUGCGAUCUCAGCGCUAUAGACUGCGUCAUUUGCGCGACAAUGUCUUUGAAUGGGCCUUGGGCCAUGAUGAGGGAAAGCGGAGAGGAAGAUACACUGUCGCUGAUGCCUCGUAUUCCAAAUUCUCAUUCGAGACGAGCGCUGGGAAUCAGGUCGACAAGUUGAUCUGGAAUCUGGAUGAGGCUUCUCAACCGGGUGGAGUUAUAUUCUCACGUCUGGAUGGACUCAUAGCAUACCUUCCAACCCAUCCAACCACCUCAAUGUCGUCAUUCACAUACAUCAACGAGAAAGGCGCCGGCGAGAAGCACAGCGACCUCGGCCAUUACUCCCAGGCCGUUCUCCUCCCAGGCAACAUCGUCAAAUGCUCCGGUCAAGGCGGCUGGACUCCAACCGGCGAUCUAGACGCAAAUGACUGGAAGCGCCAGAUCGACUUAGCAUUCGAUAAUGUCGAUCGUGUUCUCCAGGCUGCUGACCUAAGAGGAUGGGAGGAUGUCUACCUGCUUCGCUCGUACCAUGUUGACAUCGAUGCCUCGUGGGAAUAUACUGUCGAAAAGCUCCGUGCUCGCAUUCCUGAUCACCGGCCUGUGUGGACUGCGAUCGCUGUUCCGCGUUUGGCGUUCCCUGCGAUGAAGAUCGAGCUUGAGGUUGAGGCUUAUGACGCGAGCAAGGCCAGCACUUAA